AUGUCAAGUUUUUCACAAUCAAGUGUUUCUUCCCAAAAUUCUCGAGGAACCAAAAGGAAAUGGGUUCCAGAAGAAGAUGUUGCAUUGGUUGCCUGUAUGGUCGACUUGCACAAUGUUGGAACCUUCAAUGUUGAUACGGGAUUCAAAGCUGGUUAUUUAAAUGAGUUGAAAAAAAUGUUAAAAAAAGUUUUACCCAAUGCCAUGUUGAAGGCUAAACCUAAUCUUGAAUCGAGGAUUAGGACAUUGAAAAAAGAUUGGUCAAUCGUUUAUGACAUGCUUAGUGGAAAAAACAAUAGCGGUUUUGGUUGGGAUGAGCAUAGGCAGCUUGUUGUUGUUGAAGAUGCGGUGUGGAACUCAUAUAUAAAUAGUCAUAAAGAAGCCGGUCAAUUCAAACAUCGUAGUUUCCCUUAUUAUGACCAACUUACUGCCAUUUACGCAAAAGAUCGAGCCACUAGGAAAGAUGCUCAAAUAGCCGCUGAUAUUAUUGAAUAAAUAGAUGUUGAGGAUGUAGCUACUACAAAUACUCAUGAAGAAAGAAACGAUUUCUAUGGAUGCGAAGCUGAUGUUUCUUUGGAUGACAUGGAUCUUUCAGCUAAACAACCGUAACCAGCUAGAAGCCAAGGUGAUUCCACAUUUUCAAAGAAGAAAAAAAAGAUUUUUGAUGCAAGUGAUCAUAUUUCUUCUACUUCAUUUCACGAUGCUGCCACUUUAUUGGCGGAAAACAUACGGACUGUUGGCGUUGAAAUCAGUAGGAGUAUUGCCUCCGAA